AUGCACUUCUCCUCACUCUUCACCCCCAUCGUGGCCCUCCUCGCCACCACUGUCUCGGCCAGCCCUAUCGAGAAGCGUGCAGUCACCGCAGACCAGAUGGUCACAACCAUCAACAAAAUCACUCAGCAGUCAAAGGCCCUCACCACCGUCGCCAACAAGAUCAACCCCAUGAACGGCGUUCCUCUGCUCGGCCCCGGCGCCGGCAGUGGUAGCACCAGCUUCAACGACGUCAUUACUGGCUUCCAGGGUAUCAUCCAGACUGGCACGACCGCUAUCACCAACAUGGACGGUACCGCAGCCUACACCGACGCCACCGAAGAGCAGAAGGUCUGCGAUGCUUUUGCCAACUUUGUUGUCGUUCACCAGAACCUGCUCCAGGUUGUCAUUGGCAAGUCUGGUCUUCUGCAGGGUGUCUUCCUCGACCCCGUUGCCGCUGUCCUCCGCUCUCUCGAGGGCGUUGUCGACACUCUUGCUUUUGGCAUCAUCGACUCUGUUCCCGUCUGCGCCGACAAGGCCACCUCGCAGAAGAGUGAUUUGGACGAUACUCUUGGCAAGGCCAUCUGUGCUUACACUCCUGCCGGCACCCUUGGCCUCAACCUGUUCUGCUAG